GUAUGGACGAGGCCGGAACCUGGACAAAGCAAUAGAGAUAUUCAACAUGGCUCAGAACUUGGGUAGGGCACUGGAUGAGAAGAUAUGCACUAAUAUGAUUUGCCACUAUGGAAAAGCUGGCAAAGUUCAUGAAGCAAUAGCCCUAUUCCGUAAAAUGCAGGGGGAAGGAAUAAAACCUGGGAAUGUGAGCAACAACGUCAUGAUCAAUGCAUGUGCUGCUGGUGGACUUUACCGAGAAGCAGAAAACCUUUUGCUAAGCAUGCAGAGUUCCGGUUGUUCACCCGACUCCCUUACCUACCUUGCCAUUAUUCGAGCGUAUGCUGAAAGUAGAAAAUAUGCAGAAGCAGAAAAGAGUAUCAUGUCAAUGCAGAAGGAAGGAAUCUCACCGAAAUGUGCCCAUUUUAACCUUGUACUCUCAGCUUUUAGCAGAGCAGGAUUCAAAUGUUGGAUGAAAUUUGUGAUGUUGGAUGAAAUUUGUUUGAAUGUAAUAUUCGAUUAA